CGUUGUUGUACCAAAGUCUAAGCACACUCAACCUUCCUCUUUAAGCCUUGACAACUCGAUAACUAUACCCAAAUCUCUCAUCAACCCUAAUCUACCCCGGAUCAUCACAAUGCAGCUCACCGUCGCCGCCCUUGCUGCUCUCGCCAGCUGCGCCGCCGCCCAGUUCUGCGGAGUCGUCACCUCCCCCGUCCAAGGCUGGGUAGCCUGCUCGGUAGAGCAGUAUCCCGUCAUGGACGCUGAAUGUAAGGCCAUCGGCGGCACGGUGGCCGGCCACAACCAAGAGGUCGGAAACCCCAGCUCCAACUGCAUCACGUACUGCAACAACGUUCCCACGGGUGGACACGACAAGACCGGCAGCAUCGCCGGCCGCCUCAGCUACCACGUCUACGUCGUCGACUCUUGCAACAGUUGCGGCUACUGCGGCGCGAUCUAAUGCUGUC